UCAUGGCUUAGCUAGCUGUGUUAUCAACAACAAUGAAUGCUAGACAUCAUAUCGGUAAUAUGCAAUAGUAUUUAAAAAGGGAAUGUCUUCCAGCUAAAUCCACAAGUGAAAUUACGGGCUAGAGUUGUUUGGGUACUCACGCUAGCAUGUAGCAUAUACGCUUACAUUUAGAGAACUUUAUUUCUUUCGAAAAAGCAGGAAACGAAUGAUUGGACAUGAGCAGGUUUUUCAAAUAAUUUUUUUAUUAUGAACACCACAAAUACAGAAAUAUACCAACAAGAGUACAUAAACCUUACAGACAGGUGUAUUACAUAUCAAGAUUAAUUUUCAAUUUGUUAAAUACUUUUUAUGGUGCGUAUUGCUUUUUUGUUUGUACAGUUAACAUUUCAGUUCUAUCUUAAAUAAUGUGAAAAGGGGUUUGUUCUCUGCCCACUUCAUUUUAUGGAUAAAGAAUCUACCGUGAAAGAUAAACAAAUGAACAAUGGAAGUUAAAUCAGGGUCCAUAUAAUUUGGAUCAAAAUAAAACACGAUAUCAGAGUCUCUUAGAUUAACAUUAAUAGUCGUUUCUUUUCAAAUAGAUUCUAACUCACUCCAAAAUCUUCUGACAUAAGAACAGUCCCAAAAUAAAUGGUCAAGAGUUUCUGGGUCACAACCACAAAAUACACAUUUGUUAACAAUAGCUAUUUUAAAUCUGUGUAUAAUAAAGGUCUUUACAGGGUAGAUUCUAUGAAUGAGUUUAUGAUACUUAUUUCACCUUAUUAGAUAUACAAUAUUUACCAGACAACAACGAAACUUUGUUCCAGUUCACUUGUCCUAGGGCUGCAUUCCAGUACAUUUUAGCAGAGGGAAUAGUUACACAUUGACAUAGUUUCCUUAUAUACAUGUUAUUACAUUUAUAGUUUAAAAUGUCAAUUCCUUCUAAUUGUAUUGAGGCUACAAAAUCCUAAACAGUUGUACUUGGAGUAUUGUUAUAUUCUCAUAAAAGAAGAAUAGCACCUUUUAGGGACAACUCUAAUAACAAUUUGAUUCUCAGGAGUGAAUGUAACAUUGUGUGUUCUCAUAAAUUCUGGAUAAUCAUAUAGUUGUCCAUCAUUAUUCAAUAAUUGUUUAACCCAAAUAAUGUUGUCAAACCAGUUCUGGAAAAUUAAAGACUUGUUUUUGUAUUUUUGGACAUCAGCAGGUGUUCUUGAAACAUGAUGGAGUCGUCCACUAAAUGUAAUGCUGCUUGGGCAAGGAUGGUAAAUGACCAUUGCUAGCUAGCCAACUACUGUAACUUGCUAAUCCAUGUCACCCAUCUGUAAACUUAACUGUACGUUAAUCGGUACGCAUUAACCUCAGUACUGACCUAAAACACAGGACUUGUGUCAUGAAGUUGUGUGUGAGAGUGUAGCAUUGAUGUAGAGAUGUACUCACGGCCCUGGUGAUGUUUCAGGAAAAGCCAAGCGAAGGCACCUGAGCUUAGAUGAGUUUCGUGAAAUUAGUAGGAGGCCAGAGGGCAGCCAACACCUCACACAGACCCACUCUGUCACUCGCAGGCACAGCAACUCAGACCCCAACCCAGGGGUUGUACCCCAGAACACCCACAAAGAGAAAGAGAGAUCUCAGAUGCGAGUGAUGACCAGCAGCAGGGGAUCACUCAGUUUUCCCCUGUAAUCAGUGUGGUCAGAGUGUUCAGUCCUCAGAAAGCAGCCCUGUCCCAGGGCUCAGGUUCCAUAACACCGAGGGACUCAAUGGAGAGCUCCUCCCCUAAAUGGAGACUGAGGAGGCACUAGCCACCCCUAUGAAGGAGGAACCUGAGGAUGAGAAGGUGGACUAUCUGGAGGGGCUGACAACGGACAUGUUUGGGGACGACAAUGAGUUUGAGCGCUGUUGGUCAGAUCCAGACCCAGCCUUUAUGAAUCACCAUGAGGAGGCGGAGGCCCUGCCUGACGCCCUUUACUGCCUCUUGGGAAGCAGCAGAGGCCUGUCCCAUCCCCAGGGUUUCGUGGACAUCCUCCCAGAGGAGGUGCUGAUGCUGGUUUUGAGCCUCCUGCCUGCUGAGGACCUCUACUGUAAUGUCAGCCUGGUCUGCCAACGCUGGAGGAACAUUAUCACCCAGUCACUGAAGCUGUAUUACCGCUACACGAAGAAGGAGAUUGACGCUGUGAAGGAGAUCAACGCCAUCCUGGAAAACCAUAGAAUCAUAAAGGACGACCAGGAGAGCAUCCUCCAUAUGGUUGAGUUCAUGGCCCAUAUAAGCCCAGUCAGAGGGUGAAGCCUGGGGCAGUGUUACAGAGUGUGAGGACACAUUGUCUGUUCCCUCAGGCUGAGGCCUGCAUUACACAGACUCCCCAAAAAUGGAGGGUAUCGAGGGAGUAUGCGCUCCCUUCAGCGAUCACAGAGUACCUCAGCGCCAUGGCAACCAUGCUGCUCGCCGUGAGGAGGAAUGACAUCAACAUCAGCAACAGGUUGCACUACAUCUUCUACGUCCUCCACCUGAUGCAGAACGCCCUGCCCACAGCAAUAACCAAUCAGAGUGGGAGAGUCCAGGUUCAGCUGACCCACAAACAGCAGAUCCUCAACCACGACAUCCAUAGAGACCACGUACCGCCAGACCGCUACUACCAACAUCAUGCCACAGCUGUGUUUUUACAGAAAACAAGUUAGAUAUAGGGUUGGUACUUUUGCUAGCAUUCUCUGAAUUGUCGCUAGAGGGCACCCUCUCCCUGUCAGUUCAGCUCAGUCUGUGAUUCAUCAGUUCAGGAUGAGGAUACUCUUUCUAUAUCGUGACAAUUGUCAAAUCAAACUUUGUCACAUGCGCCGAAUACAACAAGUGUAGACUUGACCAUGAAAUGCUUAGUUACAAGCCCUUAACCAGCAGUGCAGUUCAAGAAGAAGAAAAUAUUUACCAAGUAGGCUAAAAUAAAAAGUAAUAAUAAAAAGUAAUACAAUAAGAAUAACAAUAACGAGGCUAUAUACAGGGGGCACCGGUACCGAGUCAGUGUGCGAGGGUACAGGCUAGUUGAGGUAAUCUGUACAUGUAGGUGGGGGUGAAAUGACUAUGCAUAGGUAACAAAUAAACAGCGAAUAGCAGCAGUGUUCGGGAGGCGUCAAUGUAAAUUGUCCGGUAAAAUAUCCAUGGUGUUCCAUGACUACUGUGUUCUUAUUUUGUUCAUUUCGUUCUGUUUAGAUCAGUUUGUUUUAAAGGGAAUAUUGCAGAAUUAAGAUGCUAUUAAAGGUUCUGAUUUGUUUCAUCCUUCAAACAAAGUCACAAUAAAACAUCACGUUACA